AUGAAGACGUUCGUGAGCCCUGCCAAUGCUAUAUGCUGUAGCUUGUUGUCUAUUUGCGGUAUCAUUUUUUUGGUGGUUCUUGGACUGGCAUUCGAUGCCAAAGUCGAAGUUUUGACUGAAUUCGUAACAGAUCCCGACGAUCCUCAUGCUACAGCCCAAGCUUGCUUUACAGCUGCUAUUGUCUAUGCUUGUUUCCUCGGUUUCUGCGGUUGCCAGUCUCUUGUCCAUCGAUACAACUCUCGCAAUCAAAUCCAACUGUAA